AUGACAUCCAAGCGAAUCAUUGAGAUACCGUCAACUUUUGGAAAAACAGAAAACGUCACCUCAAGCAAAGCAUUCAGAUACAACACGUUUGAAGACACAACACUUGCAAUUGCAGUGAAUUUUAACGCAAAUGUUACACCCAUUCAAGUGAUGGCAGAAUCUCUUCCUGUUUCUCUGUAUAAUUUUUAUCUUGUUAUCGGAAAUCAUCCCCCUUCCUUUACAUUACUGGGAGUAUAUCGAUUAACAAUCCGCAAUGUCAACGUUAGUGAUGUGCAAAACGACAUUACGUUAGAUAUAACCUUAAGAUCUCCAUUUGGAAUUUUUAAUGUCAAUCCGAGCACUGUUGGAUUUUAUAAGCUCAACUCGUAUUAUUUCUCACCGACCAAUUCAAGAGCAUUUUAUAAUUAUGCAAAUUUCAAUACUACAGUUUUGAGUUUUUGCAGGAAUACUCGUGUCACUUCAUGCGACAUUAUUUUUGGAGUAUUUGGAGUUGAAAAGGAUUACACAACAGCAUCAUUUGGAGCCCUUCAAACUGUGUAUGGCCCGAGCUCUUUCAGAUAUGUCGUUGGCAUCUCAUAUAUAUAUACACAAACCUUAACAUUAAGUUUCAAAGGACAGUUUCCAUAUUCAGAGCCACCAACCUUUAAUCUUACCACCUACACUCCCAACAGCACUGCCGAAUUACCGUUGAAUUAUUACAUGUUAAAAGCGUUCAACUAUGAAACCUCUCAUCCUGAGCCAGCUGUUUUUCAACAGACUUGGGACUAUUACUUUGGAUUGAGCCUAUACUUUACAGAUUAUUCAGGAAAAGAAGUUAUCGUGGAUGUUUCCAAGCUUGAAUGUGCUUGCAAAUCAUCAACCUCACGGGUUUUCUCAAUAUAUUAUGGUGCUAUUGUGAAUACUCUCAAUGGCAAAAUUACUUGCAGCGGGAGAGGAACCAAGUCUUGUCGACAACUUGCCAUUGUAGCACCACAACCAAAUGUUAACACUUUAUACGAAGGAGUUUCAUACAUGGCCACACUUCGUAGAGGUUCCUCGAAUUAUUACAAAUUUUCUGUCCAACCCUAUGAAGUAGUCUACAUUGAGAUUUAUGCAAUUAGUGGAAAUGGAUUCUUAAAGCUCAGAAAAGAUCACAUUCCAACCUCAAGCAAUUAUGACCUGGAACGAGUGAUCACCUAUGCGUCCUCAUCACAACAGAUUGUUGGAAGUGUGAAUUACCCACCAACAAUGUAUUACAUUGCCAUCUCAAAUGAAUACUCAUCAAGUAUGGAAUAUGUGCUCAAAAUACGGACCACCAACUAUCAAGAUGUUUGGAGCAAGAAGCUGAGCCCACUGAUGUUUUUUAGUAUCAUGUCCAUUUUCUUUUGUGUAUUGGCAGGAUUAAUUAUUUCUGUGGUGAUACGAAGAAAUCGAAGACCUCCUCCCAAAGAGUAUCAUGUGCCAGAUAUUCAAUUGGAUACCUUCUCAAUGACUCCUCCGAGUAGUAGUAGUACUUCAAAUACUACUCAAUACUAUGAACCACAUCACACCAUACAGCCCAAUGGAGGUGGUACUAAUAAUAAUAAUAAUGGUUUUAUUCCUCUGCGAAAUGUGUGA